ACACUGGCUUAUUGAGCGAUUGUCAUUUGAUCCUGCCGAGUUGAUUCGCCAGUGUUGCCAGUGCGCCAAAGCUUAAAUGAAAGCGAAGAAAAGAUAGAGUAACAACUUCACAAAGCGAGCGGAUGCAAAUAAAGAAAGCACACAAAGAGCAGAGAAAAUAAACAUUUAAUUGCAUACAUUUAUUAUUAAAAAUUAAACUAACCAUUUUGUGAGGAGCAGUUUGGUUGCCACACACACAUUGAAAUACAAUUCCUGAAAUUCCUGAAACCUCUUCAAGCACAGCUGCGAAAGUGUAACAUUAGUUUUUUAGUUAAUAGGUUUUAAUCAUACAAUUUCAAACAAAAGAACGUCCAGAAUGACCGAUCUUAAGCAAACGGUGUCAUUAACCAGCGUCAACUCGGAGAAUAUGUCGCGCCAUCAAAUGCUGGAGUGGGUCAACACAAUGGUCAAUGGACAUUUUAAAAAAAUCGAAGAGCUGUGCUCAGGUGUCGCAUACUGUCAAAUGAUGGAAAUGAUCUUUCCCAAUUGCAUCAAUCUAAAGCGGGUUAAAAUGUUCGCUAAGCUGGAACACGAGUGCUUCCAUAAUAUGAAGUUGUUCCAAGGCGCUCUCACUCGUCUCAAGCUGGACAAAACCAUUCCAGUGGAUCGCUUGAUCAAGGGUCGAUUCCAGGACAACUUUGAGUUUCUACAGUGGUUCAAAAAGUUCUUUGACUCGCAGGCUCCGGGGCUGGAGAACAUCAAAUCAGCUGCCAAUGCGGUGCAGCCAAAGCCAAUCAAGCCACGUGCCAUAAUGGCCAAAGAUGAAUCCACAUGUGACUUGAGAGCCACUAUGGAGGAGCUUAACCAGAAGACUGCAGCUGCCAUAGCUAAGCGAGAUUAUGCCUAUGAAAAGCUACGCAAGAUCGAGAUACUUCUCACAGAGACUCUCAAUAGGAAUGAGCAUGUGACGUUCUGCAAUCGGAUCGCUGGCGUGCUAUAUAAGACCGAUGCGGAUGCGGAUGAGAAUCUCGCUGAUAGACAUGAAGUGGCUAUAGAUGAUGAUGAUGAUAUGAAUAUGGGAAUGUAUUAAAGAUUUUAGUAACUGUUGUAUUAUUCGGAAAUAUAUAAAUAUAAAUGAAU